CUUCCCGGUCUCACCUGGUCUCUUCUCUACCCACAGGUUCUGCGCCCGAGACACCAAGAUGGGAGAUGAAGAGAAACGGAACAGGGCCGUGAUGGCCCGGAGGCAGCACCUGAAGAGCGUGAUGCUCCAGAUCGCGGCCACGGAGCUGGAGAAGGAGGAGGGCCAGAAGGAGUCGGAGCGGCAGGGCUACCUGUCCGAGCACUGCCCACCGCUGCACAUCCCGGGCUCCAUGCAGGAAGUGCAGGAUCUCUGCAAGCAACUCCACUCCAAGAUCGACGCGGCUGAGGAGGAGAAAUACGACAUGGAGAUGAGAGUCCAGAAGACCACCAAGGAGCUGGAAGAUUUGAACCAGAAGCUGUUUGACCUGAGGGGCAAGUUCAAGAGACCCCCUCUGCGGAGGGUGCGCAUGUCCGCUGAUGCCAUGCUGCGGGCAUUGCUGGGCUCCAAGCAUAAGGUGUGCAUGGACCUCCGAGCCAACCUCAAACAGGUCAAGAAGGAGGACACCGAGAAGGAAAGGGAUCUGCGUGAUGUCGGGGACUGGCGUAAGAACAUCGAGGAGAAGUCCGGCAUGGAAGGCAGGAAGAAGAUGUUCGAGACCGAGUCCUAAAUGCCCCCCAUUGCCCCCUCUGCAGCUUCUCCUAUCUAUUCUGGGGGUCCGUUCUCCCCGUCCCUCUAGGCCCCGUCCAUCCUCGGUCGGGUGUCCAGCAGAGGGGCGGCCCUCUUCCCUGCGUCCAGCUCUACCCUGCCUAUCCAGGGUUUGACCCUCUCUGGCAGGAGGCUUUGCAGACCCCAGGAGGUUGGAAAGUGGGAGGGGGGCAGGGGGCAGGAGGAGGAGGAGGAGGAGAAGGAGACGGACACUCCAAUCCUCACCUGUCCGAGAGAACUGACCAU